UGUUUGCCUUUCAAUUUAAUCCAUGUUAUCAAGUGCUACAAAAAAAGUGAUGAUUAAUGUUAUUAUUAUCAGAUGAAACCUCCAAAUGAUGCAGAGUUUGUAAAGAGAGCAGCAGGCAGAGGUCCAAAGAGUUUUCUUUGGAGUUACCAUGAUGAAAAAUGCUGAAGAUGU